CCAGAUGGAGUUUGUUCAACAAGUGAAAAACAUCUCUCCUUCGCUGUGCUAGUGUGUUGCAAGUCUUCUCGGGUUUUUGACGUGAAAUAAUAUUUUUGCUACGGGAGUUCUUCUUUUGUUUGUGGAAUAUCGUUCAGUUCGCCUAUAAAUUAUUAAAUAAUUUUUUUAAAAAUGUGGGGGGCUUGGCGACUUUUUAUCUUCAGCAUUGAUCGCCAGGACAUCUGAAGGAUCCCAUCAUUCUUUAAUGCCCAUCCAGUAGUUCACUAGCUUCACGUUGGCCUCUAUUAAAAAUGACCAACAUUUCAAACCUAGCGGUCAGCUGCUUACAUGCAGCUGUAAUAUUCCUGAUGUUGGCCCAACAAGUUAGCACGGCGUCAUUAAGCGUCAGAUUUCCCGAUGAAGUUGCAACACUAGCUCUGGUUCCUCCAGGCGCAGGCCAUUACCGUUUAGAUUUUUGGCCGGCCCAGGGAGUGCCACCGCCAAACAACACACUCCUACCUACAGAACUUCUACAGCCCAUCGAACUGCGUGGUGUACAGCCUGGCACCAAUUACCACUUUAGACUUCUCUUCUGGAACGCUACGCUCAACGCUUGGCCGGCCUGGGCUCUGACAUUACCCACAGCUCCUGAACCACCAUCAAACCUGGUUAUCCGCGUCCGGAAAGCGGUACAAGUCACGUGGGAUCCUCCGUCCGUGGGCGGAGUUACUGGAUACAAAAUCAAGCUUCAUGCUCUCUCUGAACCGUUGACUGGGAUCCGCACCUUCGUCUUGUCGGCGGAUGCCUCGCCUUUCCCGCUGCGUGAAUUGACUCCAGGCGCCAGUUAUCGGCUCGAGUUGCACUCCAUGUUCGAAAAUCGAGACAGUGAAGUGGCCAUCGUCCAAAAUUUUACAACUCGGCCUAAUACUCCGGGAAGGUUUAUCGUGUGGUUCAGAAAUGAAACUACUCUUUUAGUUUUGUGGCAGCCACCAUACCCAGCUGGUAUCUAUUCAAAUUACAAGGUGUCCAUUGAUCCACCAGAUGCGGUGGAAAGCACGUUGGAGGUAGAAAAAGUGGGAGAACCACCGGGCCCUGCUCAAGCUCCUUUUUAUGGCCUGCUUCCAGGGAGGAAUUACAACAUUUCGGUGCAGACAGUCAGCAACGGGGAAAUAUCAUUGCCAACAACGGCGCAAUAUCGAACGGUGCCGUUAAGGCCACGAAACGUCACUUUUGAACGGCGUUUAGUCACAUCAGAUUCCUUUCAAAUUCGAUGGGAAGAGCCGAAAGGGAUGAGCGAGUUCGAUCGAUAUCACGUAUCAGUUGGGACGGGUCGGCCACCCAUUAUUGUUCGACGCGAUGAACCACGUAUGGCUUUAUUCAACGAGGGUUUAGAACCAGGUAGAACUUACCCGGUUUUGGUCAAAACUCUGUCGGGUAACGUGGCAUCCUGGCCAGCCACCGCAAAUGUCACAACACGUCCUCUGACGGUUCAAAACUUGACCGCUUCACUGCCAUCCCCAGGAACCGAGGGUGUAACAUCAGUUUCGGAUUUAGUUCUAGCUUGGUCGCCUGAUGUACGUUCUCAGCAAGAUGCAUAUCGUGUGGCCUAUCAAGAGGUAGCAGAAGCGGAAGGAAACCCUCCUUCUGCAGGAGAUGUGACUUCAUUAAAUGCUGCAGAUACGAGUGGCGUUUUAGUAACAUCUGCUACUCAGCUGGUUAUGACGUCCCUUUUACCUGGUCGAAAUUAUUCCCUUUCCGUCAUUGCCUUAAUGGCCGGAAUGGAAAGCGAAUCUGUCGCUGUUUACCAGGCCACGCGACCUUCAUCUCCAAUCAUUGAAGAGUUAACUCCGGUACCCAAUGGUCUAAAUGUCUCUUGGAAAUCAGAUGUCACCUCUAAGCAAGAUAGAUAUACUGUGGUUUACAUACGGAACGAUACUGGUGAUCCCAAAACUCGUGAAGUAACCGAGCCGCGUAUUCUGCUAGAAAAUCUAUAUCCUGGUGCUAGUUAUCAAAUCAGGGUUUUCGCCGUUAGCCAUGGACUGUGGAGUGAGCCAAAUACUCACUUCCAAGCUGUUUAUCCUCGGUCACCACGCAAUUUCAGUGUGGCGGCCACUAGUUCAUCAUCUCUGCGACUAACCUGGUCUGCCCCUGUGGAUUCCAUCUACACCAAUUACGUUAUCCGUUAUCGUACGGCUGAUAAUGUGAGCUGGACCGAAUUAAGUUCAGUCGUCAGUACGGAUACAGAACUGAAGCAACUGAUCGCUGGCGAACGCUAUGUUCUUCUGAUAAAUUCAGCUAGCCACAGAGUCGAAAGUGCCGCUCCCAUUGAACUUCAGUAUACUCUUUAUCCAAAUCCUGUGGCGCGGUUAACGCCCUUGGUUGAUGCCACUAAUGUGACACUGAGCUGGGAAAGACCACCGGGGCGCGUUGAUAUGUACCGACUUGUAUGGUACCAAGCAGAAUCGGAUCCCAUAUUACCUUCGUUGAGUUUGCAAGAUGAUCGCAGAAAGAGGCAAACGGACCAGCAGCAAAAACGCUCAGUGGUUGUCAAUGGUGACUCGAAUCAUUCGUACAUAGACACUUUAUUCCCAGGCACCCUUUAUGUCAUCGAGAUGACCUCCAUUUCUUUCGGAGUGGAGAGCAACAAAACGCUACUUACUUUGCGAACUUUACCACUAAUCACUUCCGAUAUCGUGAUCGUUAAACGGCACGAGACAAAUUCCUUGACGCUUAGCUAUACGCCGACACCGUCAUCAAUCUCACGAUUCAAUUCGUAUCGAUUUUCACUAACUGACAGUACGAAGAAAACAAACGUCAAAGAAAAAACCGUUGACGACCCUGACCGCAAGGUGAUCUUUGAUGACCUCGUCCCUGGUAGACUGUAUGAAAUUUCAGCAUGGACUGUGUCGGGUGGAGUUACCUCUCAUCCCGUCCUAAGGCAAGUUCGACUAUAUCCCGAACCGGCAUCUGCUAUCAGUGCAAGGGACAUAAGUGACACCGAAUUGACUCUCUCUUGGAAAGCCCCACAAGGAGACUGGAAUUCUUUUGAGCUGAAAUAUUUAGACUACAACAAUUUAUUGGUCGCAGAAUCCACCAAACAGACUUUUAUCACAAUAACAAAUCUCAGACCGCACAGGAAUUAUACCUUCACUGUUUACACACGAUCUGGUGACAAUGGAUCAGCUUGGAAUAGUAUUUCGCUACCCAUGAGUGCCUCCUUUAGCACCAGGGAAUCAGUCCCAGAAAAGGUUCCGACAUUUAGACCAGUUGAAAUUCAGCCAAGUCAAAUUAGAUUCGAAUGGACCCUACCUAGCCAUGAUCAAAAUGGUGUGCUCAUCGGGUUUACCGUCUCGUAUGGCAUACUGGGUUCGACAUCAACUGUAACUCGUGAGUUUCCUCCUGGCAGCUCGUCCGGCACAAUUAGUGGCCUCUUCCCGGGCAAAACUUACUUGUUCCGUAUCCAAGCCAAGACCAAAAUCGGUUCUGGCAAUUCAACCAAGUGGGAACAAGUCAUGCCUAUCUGGGCUCCACCUAAACCUGGUAAAAAAGAUGUACCAGAAAUUCUAGCCAAAACAACAACGUCUGUGAAACUUCAGUUCAAGAAGGGACUUUUUUCAGACGAGAACGGACAGGUUAUUGGCUAUACCAUUAUUGCCAGCGAAGACGAAAAUAAAGACUUAUCGGCUUUGGAAACUCCUUUACUCUUGCGUUGGAAGGACGUUCAGAGCUACAACGUGUGGCCGCCCUAUCAGGUUGUUGAGCAAUACAAUCCGUUUACCAAUUCGACUACCGAGGUAUUCACGGUUGGUAGUGAAACCUGCGAGUCUAGAAUACAAUUGACUAGUUACUGUAACGGGCCUCUCAAACCGGGAACUGCAUACAAAUUCAAAAUCCGAGCUUUUACGGCCAAGGACAAAUACAACGACACUUUAUACAGCGCCCCAGUUAUUACAGAUCCUGACAAUUCGACGGUAAUCGCUGGUGUAACUAUCCCUGUCAUACUUCUUCUCUGCGGUGCUGCCACCGUGAUCGUAAUGAGAAGAAAAGGACGACGGAACGGAAGUGCUGCGUCCGGAUGUUUGGGCAAAGUCCAACAUGGGAACCAUCGUGGUCCAGAUGGCCUUUCAUUGUCUGAUGGCCUGGAAACAACGAGGCCAGUCAAGCUGAAAGACUUUGCCGACCAUUACCGUCGUAUGGCAGCCGAUUCGGAUUUCCGGUUUUCGGAGGAAUUUGAUUGCUUGAAACACGUGGGGCGAGACCAACCUUGUGUUGCGGCCGACUUACCAGUUAAUCGACCCAAAAACCGUUUCACCAACAUCCUGCCUUACGAUCACUCUCGUUUCAAAUUGUUACCUACCGACGAUGAGGAAGGCUCGGAUUACAUCAACGCUAACUAUGUUCCGGGGUUUAAUUCACCACGGGAGUUUAUAGUGACGCAGGGACCCUUGCAUUCGACCCGUGAUGAUUUCUGGCGUAUGACGUGGGAAUCGGGUACCCGUGCUAUCAUUAUGCUAACACGCUGUGUGGAAAAGGGUCGCGAAAAAUGUGAUCGCUAUUGGCCAUUUGAUACCCAGCCCGUUUAUUAUGGAGACAUUCAAGUAACCAUUCUUAAUGAAAGCCAUUACGCUGAUUGGUCCAUCUCUGAAUUCCGCGUCUGUAGAGGUGAAUCAAGCAGAAUUAUCCGCCACUUUCAUUUCAAUACAUGGCCGGACUUCGGAGUACCUGAUCCACCGACAACGUUGAUUCGUUUUGUCCGAUCAUUCCGUGAUCGUGUGUCCACCGAUGCUCACAAGCCAAUCGUCGUUCAUUGCAGUGCCGGUGUUGGUCGAUCCGGAACAUUCAUAGCUCUUGAUCGCUUGAUUCAACAGAUGCAGUGCCAAGAUCACAUUGACGUUUUUGGAGUGGUUCAAGAAAUGCGCCGCGAGCGUGUCUGGAUGGUACAGACGGAACAGCAAUAUAUAUGCAUUCAUCAAUGCAUUUUAGCUGUACUUCAGGGAUUUGAAUAUGUUGACACAAACGGCGUUAAUGGAACAAUCGGCUCAAAUGGUGCUGCCUCUGUUGGCCAUCCGUCAAUGGGCAUGAUUGGUGGCAUCCUUACAAGAGAAAUGCAUGAUAAUCAAGGAUUUGAAGAUGAUGAGGGAAUUGCUGAAUCAGGAAUGUGAUGCAGAGAUAUUGGAACCUUAGGGCAGCUGUAACCUUCUGCUAUCUGCGAAAAAGAGCCUUGUAUAUUUUUUAUGCCAUCAUAUUUAAAUAUUUUUUGAUAAGCCUUAUGCCUCCCCCAUCCAAUUUUAUCUUCCUUCUUUUUAAUUCGAUUAUUAUGACAUUUUAAAAAAUAUGUGUGACCUCAACUUCUCAUAUUGUAUUCCGUCCACAAAGUUGCUCGUGUUUGUCUCUCUGGCAACACAGGAAAAAUUGCCUUAAGGAAUCUUUAUAGUUAUGCAUUCUAAUCCAUGUUUUUGUUUCUUUUUCUCCGACUCUGUUCGCGUCCCGUUUUAUUGGACUUUUGAAGAUCUGGCCGGGUUGUAAUAUUGCCCGAUUUUAAGUAUUUCUGACUGUACUAGAGCAUUUUUCUAGCAUUCCCUUGUUUCAUCACACGAUUUUGACUUUAUACAGGUCAAAUGAACUACUGUCUCGCCUUAAACUUCAAUAUUCAAGUGACUUUAAAAUAAAAUUUACCGACGUAUACAUCA